GGCUUCCUGCUCCGCGUUUGCUCCGUGUCUCCCCCAGGUUCUGCUAUGGCUGCGCUCACCCGGGAUCCGCAGUUCCAGAAGCUGCAGGAAUGGCACCGCCAGCACGGCUCCGAGCUCAACCUGCGCAAACUCUUCCAGGCUGACCAGGACCGCUUCGGCCGCCUCAGCUUGACCCUUGACACCAACCAUGGGCAGAUUCUGCUGGAUUACUCCAAGAACCUGGUGACAGAGAAGGUUAUGCAGAUGCUGGUAGACCUGGCAAAGUCCAGGGGUGUGGAGACUGCCCGGGAUAACAUGUUCAGUGGUAAGAAGAUCAACUUCACCGAGGACCGGGCAGUACUGCAUGUGGCCCUGCGGAACCGGUCCAACACCCCCAUUCUGGUGGAUGGCAAGGAUGUGAUGGUGGAGGUCAACAAGGUCCUGGACAAGAUGAAGUCUUUCUGCGAGCGUGUCCGCAGUGGCGAGUGGAAGGGCUACACCGGCAAGCCCAUCUCAGACGUUGUCAACAUAGGCAUUGGUGGCUCUGACCUGGGACCCCUCAUGGUGACAGAAGCCCUCAAGCCCUACUCUGCAGGUGGUCCCCGUGUCUGGUUUGUCUCUAACAUCGAUGGGACCCAUAUUACCAAAACUCUGGCCUCCCUGAACCCUGAGACCUCCUUGUUCAUCAUUGCCUCCAAGACCUUUACCACCCAGGAGACCAUCACGAAUGCCGAGACCGCAAAGGAGUGGUUCCUCCUAUCAGCGAAGGAUCCCGCUGCAGUUGCGAAGCACUUUGUUGCCCUGUCUACCAACACGACCAAAGUGAAGGAGUUUGGAAUUGACCCUCAAAACAUGUUUGAGUUCUGGGAUUGGGUGGGAGGACGGUACUCGCUGUGGUCAGCCAUCGGACUCUCCAUUGCCCUGCACGUCGGGUUUGACAACUUUGAGCAGCUGCUCUCGGGGGCUCACUGGAUGGACCAGCACUUCCGGACUGCGCCCCUGGAGAAGAAUGCUCCCGUCUUGCUGGCUCUUCUGGGCGUCUGGUACAUUAACAUCUUUGGAUGUGAGACCCAGGGCCUGCUGCCCUAUGACCAGUACCUGCACCGCUUUGCUGCCUAUUUCCAACAGGGUGACAUGGAGUCCAAUGGGAAGUAUAUCACCAAGACUGGCACCCGCGUGGACUAUCAGACGGGCCCUAUCUUGUGGGGAGAGCCAGGGACCAACGGCCAGCAUGCCUUCUACCAGCUUAUCCACCAAGGUACCAGGAUGAUACCCUGUGACUUCCUCAUCCCGGUCCAGACCCAGCACCCUAUCCGGAAGGGGUUGCAUCACAAGAUCCUUCUGGCCAACUUCUUAGCCCAGACGGAGGCGCUGAUGAAGGGGAAGACACCCGAAGAGGCCCGGAAGGAGCUCCAGGCUUCGGGAAAGAGUCCAGAGGAACUGGAGAAGCUGCUGCCACACAAGGUCUUUGAAGGAAAUCGCCCAACCAAUUCCAUUGUGUUCACCAGGCUCACACCAUUCAUGCUCGGAGCCUUGAUUGCCAUGUAUGAGCACAAGAUCUUCGUUCAGGGCAUCAUCUGGGACAUCAACAGCUUUGACCAGUGGGGAGUGGAACUGGGGAAACAGUUGGCUAAGAAAAUUGAACCUGAGCUUGAGGGCAACGCUCCAGUGACCUCUCAUGAUUCUUCCACCAACGGGCUGAUCAGCUUCAUCAAGAAACAGCGAGAGGCCACCAGCCAAUAAACGCAUCUCAGCAGCACCCCUUGUUAUGCUUGGUCCUUCUUGCCCCCUACUGCCAAAGUCUGCACUGCAUUGUCCCGCCCCGUCCUGCCCAGAGCACCCUCAGGGGCAGCCAAUCGGAAGCUGCCACACCCCUCUCUCUCCCUGUGUCCACAGCACACUCUGUUUUGCAAUUGGUUGGAGUGUUUCAGUGCAGCGGAUUUUUCAGACCCAUGUUGACCACAUCCCAGGUAGAAAAAUAAAAAUGUCAUAAAGGA